CCGGAGCUUUGGUAAGCAGGAGAUUGUCAUCAAUGACCCUCACUCCUCUCUCCUCUCUUCCCAGAUACUCUGACCCAUGGAUCCCCUGGGCGCAGCCAAGACACAAUGGCCGUGGCGCCGCUGUCUGGCCGCGCUGCUAUUUCAGCUGCUGGUGGCUGUGUGUUUCUUCUCCUACCUGCGUGUGUCCCGAGACGAUGCCACUGGAUCCCCUAGGCCAGGGCUCAUGGCAGUGGAACCUGUCACUGGGGCUCCCGGUGGGUCCUCCCGACAGGACACCACUCCCACCCGCCACACCCUCCUGAUCCUGCUAUGGACAUGGCCUUUCCACAUCCCUGUGGCUCUGUCCCGCUGCUCAGAGAUGGCGCCUGGCACAGCCGACUGCCACAUCACUGCCGACCGCAAGGUGUACCCACAGGCAGACGCAGUCAUCGUGCACCACUGGGAUAUCAUGUCCAACCCUAAGUCACGCCUCCCACCUUCCCCGAGGCCGCAGGGGCAGCGCUGGAUCUGGUUCAGCUUGGAGCCACCCCCUAACUGCCAGCACCUGGAAGCCCUGGACGGAUACUUCAAUCUCACCAUGUCCUACCGCAGCGACUCCAUCUUCACGCCCUACGGCUGGUUGGAGCCGUGGUCCGGCCAGCCUGCCCACCCACCGCUCAACCUCUCGGCCAAGACCGAGCUGGUGGCCUGGGCGGUGUCCAACUGGAAGCCAAACUCCGCCAGGGUGCGCUACUACCAGAGCCUGCAGGCCCAUCUCAAGGUGGACGUGUACGGACGCUCCCACAAGCCCCUGCCCAAGGGGACCAUGAUGGAGACCCUGUCCCGGUACAAGUUCUACCUGGCCUUCGAGAACUCCUUGCACCCCAACUACAUCACCGAGAAGCUGUGGAGGAACGCCCUGGAGGCCUGGGCCGUGCCCGUGGUGCUGGGCCCCAGCAGAAGCAACUACGAGAGGUUCCUGCCGCCCGACCCCUUCAUCCACGUGGACGACUUCCAGAGCCCCAAGGACCUGGCCCGGUACCUGCAGGAGCUGGACAAGGACCAUGCCCGCUACCUGAGCUACUUUCGCUGGCGGGAGACGCUGCAGCCUCGCUCCUUCAGCUGGGCACUGGAUUUCUGCAAGGCCUGCUGGAAACUGCAGCAGGAAUCCAGGUACCAGACGGUGCGCAGCAUAGCGGCUUGGUUCACCUGAGAGGCUGGUGUGGGGCUUGGGCUGCCAGGAACCUCAUCUUCCUGGGGCCUCACCUGCUGGAGUCCUUUGUGGCCAGCCCUCUCACUUAUCUGGGACCUCACACCCUGGGCUUCGCGGCUGCCAGGAGCCUCCCCUCCAGAAGCCUUGCCUGCUGGGGACCUCGUCUGCUGGGGACCUCACCUGCUGGGGACCUUGGCUGCUAGAGGCUGCACCUACUGAGGAUCUCGGCUGUCGGGGACUUUACCUGCUGGGACCUGCUCCCAGAGACCUUGCCACACUGAAUCUCACCUACUAGGAGCCUCACCUGCUGGGGACCUCACCCUGGAGGGCCCUGGGCCCUGGGGAACUAGCUUACUUGGGGCCCCACCCAGGAGUGAUGGUUCUGGCUGAUUUGUUUGUGAUGUUGUUACCCGCCUGUGAGGGGUGCAGAGAGAUAAUCAUGGCACCGUUUCCAGAUAUAAUACUGCAAGGAAAAAUGAUGACGU